CAUAGCUUGCAUGCAUUGUAUUGUGUAUUGCAAUCGUACGUUGGAUCAGAAGCGCAGCCAGGAAGUGUAAACUCGUCGAACCUGUGAAAAUGACAGUUAGGUCUUCAACUCCUCGAUAGUGAUCAUUCUUUUGCCAGGAUUUAUACCGUUUUCCUGUGGAUACUGAUGCGCUGACAGGAAGACCAUGAAUUCGAGACUUGUGCAGAAUAAAAAUCCCUUGGAGGAUUUCGAAUUAUUACAGAGAAUUGGAAGUGGAACUUACGGCGAUGUGUACAAGGCCAAGAUGGUUGCCGAUGGCAACCUUGCUGCUUUGAAGGUGAUCAAAGUGGAUCCAGGGGAUGAUGUUGAGAUUAUUCAGAAAGAGAUUGCCAUCAUGAAGGAGUGCAGACACAAGAACAUUGUCAUGUACUUUGGCAGUUACUCGCGUAGAGAUAAGCUGUGGAUCGCCAUGGAGUACUGCGGGGGAGGUUCUCUCCAAGACAUCUACCACAUGACUGGUCCCCUGACAGAAGAGCAGAUUGCUUAUGUGUGCCAGGAGACACUGCACGGGCUGAACUACCUCCACACACUCAACAUGAUGCACAGAGACAUCAAGGGAGCCAAUAUCCUAUUGACUGACGAUGGGGACUGCAAGCUUGCUGAUUUUGGCGUGUCUGCUCAGAUCACUCAGACGACUAUGAAAAGGAAGUCCUUCAUCGGUACUCCAUACUGGAUGGCUCCUGAGGUUGCAGCUGUGGAGCGAACUGGGGGCUAUAACUCACAAUGUGACAUUUGGGCUGUUGGAAUCACAGCUAUUGAGCUAGCAGAACUCCAGCCACCCAUGUUUGACCUCCAUCCAAUGAGGGCGCUGUAUCUCAUGUCCAAGAAGAACUUUGUGCCACCCAAGCUGAAGGAGCAGACCAAGUGGUCAGGCAAUUUCCACGGGUUCCUCAAGAGCGCCCUCACGAAGAAUCCCAAGAAGAGGCCGCUGGCAGAGAAGCUUCUACGGCACCCAUUCUUCACUGAUACUCCUGGCCUGGGUCAGCACCUCAUGAGGCAGUUACUGGACAAGGCCCACAACAUCAACAGCACUCCAACCUAUCUACCGAUGGACGACGAAGAGGAGGACAUUCUGGAAGUAAGUGCGGCUAACGCCAGAAAACGGGUCCCUUCAAGAAGGACAGAAAAGAGCAGAGAUAGGCCACAGUCUGAAAUAAAUGCUGAGAAUGUCAAGUACGCAGUUGAGAUCACGCCCCAAAAUAGCGUACCGCCCAAGGCCAAGCAGGAGGAUGACGACAUGGACAGCAUGGGCGACCCAGACUAUCAGAUGUCCUCGGACUGGGCACCAGCCCGACGGGAACCACCCAAGGAGCCCGCUCGAGAGAAUUUCCGGCGGCCGGUCCCCCGGCCCAGAGACCCCCAGCGGUUACCGUCCAGUCCGCCGGCCCCCAGCAACAACGACAAUGAUGUGGACAACAGAAAGAGUUUACUGAAAUCAGUGGCAGAGGAGCUGCAGAAACGGGGUCACGAGACUAACAACUUUUCUGAGCUCGAGACCCAGUACGAACAUGGCAAAAAAUCGGAGAGACUGGCGAUGGAGAAUGCAACCAAAGAGGGGCCCCCCAGGAAAACAAUGCCACAGUCUGAGGAGGGUCCGCCACUCCCACCAAAGCAGAAAUCAGUCCACUUCAGGGAGGCCAGCAACAACAACUCAGUCCCUACUCCGCCUUCCUCCCAACGAGCCAGUCCCCCACCCCGGGUCCCGCCCCCAGUGGCCCCCCGCCCCAAUGGCCGGGCACCCACCACCAACGGUGAGAACAUGGACCUGGAGUCAAAUUCAGAGAGCAGUCCGCCUGUGGUGCCACCCCGCAGGAAUCGCUUCCCUGACUUCCUGGUCCCCAAGAAUACGGAGACUGGCCACGGUGUCGUGCAAACGCCCCAAGUGCCUAUGGGGGCAUGUUUCUCCAAAGUGUUCAACGAGUGUCCACUCAUUGUCUACAGCUCAACUAGCUGGGUUCACCCAGAGACAAAAGAUCAGUACAUAAUCUUUGCCUGUGAAGAGGGCAUCUACACAUUCAACUUAAACCAGAUUCAUGAAGGAGUCAUGGACCAGAUUUUCCCAAGAAGAACAACGUACGUUUAUGUCAUCAACAACGUGAUGAUGUCAUUAACAGGGAAGACACCAAGCCUCUAUCAGCACAACCUCCUAGCACUGAUCGACAAGAACUUUCACCGCUUCCACAUACCCAGCAAGCUCGGGGACCGGCUGCAGCGCAUCCCAGACAAGCUGGUGCCCAGGAAGUUUGCCGUCAGCCACAAAGUCCCCGACACCAAGGGCUGCACUCGAUGCUGCAUUGUUCGCAAUCCGUUUGAUGGUCACAAGUACCUGUGUGGAGCUCUACCCAAUGGAGUUGUCCUUCUACAGUGGUACGAGCCCAUGAACAAAUUCCUACAAGUAAAGGUUUUUGACUGUCCUCUUCCUCCAGAGAUCAAAGUCUUUGAGAUGCUGAUCAAACACGAUUCUGAGUUCCCGAUAGUCUGUGUUGGAGUUGCUAGGGGAACUGACAGGAAGCACCUCUCCUUUGACCUGAUCAACCUGAACACAACGUCCAGCUGGUUUGUUGGUCACCCGCCGGAGGACAAGCUCCUAGAUGUUGUCCAUAUCUCCCAGCUGGAGAAGGACACAGUGCUGGUCUGCUUUGACAGAGAAGUCAAGGUGGUCAACCUGAACGGCAAGCCCAAAUCCAACCGCAAGCUGUCGGCAGAGCUGCACUUUGACUUUGCAGUAGAGGACCUGGUGGUUCUGCAGGACAGCGUCUUGGCGUUCCACAAGCAUGGCAUGCAGGGGCGGAGCUUCAGGUCCAAUGAGGUGACUCAGGAGAUCUGCGACAAGAGCAAGCUGUUCACGUUGCUUGGCGCGGAGAAGCUAAUCAUUCUCAAGAGUCACCCUACAGACAACCCCCAGGCACCCAGCAAUAUCUACAUGCUGACAGGUCACGCUAACACCUUGUGAGACUUCCCCUCCAAAAAAAAGUCCUGCUCUUUGAAAAAGCAAGGGGAAAAAUAAUAGUAAUAAUGACAACAAUCGUCCGUUGUAUCUGAGCAAUCUUGCUGAUAGUCUGGCCAUGAUGGAUGUCUAGUGGACUGUUGUACAACGUGAGCAGUUCUGGGAUUCGGCGAGGUCCCUUUUUUUUUGUGUGUUGGUUUGAGGCCCCAGCAUUUUGAAGUCUGCCCAAAGAUUUUGUUGUCAGUUCGGAUGCUGUGCCAGAAUUUAGAGUAAGAUGCUCUACUAAAUGAAAGUAAUCAUACUGGACUUGAUUCGUACACUUUUACGACAGAGUUUUUGUUUUUUGUGUGGUUUUGUCAAAGGGCAGUCAGUUUGGUAUUGUUUUAUUGGGUUUUUUUUGUUGAUCUCUCACUAAUGCUUUUUCUCUGACCCUCGUAAUUGGCCAGGUGCUGCAUUUUGGUCAGGACCUACAUAAUGUCAGUACAGUCUGAUUAAUACAGUGUGUCUCGUACUGGUGAAGCUUCUUAAGAGCAGCCGUUGUUUUGUCGGCAUGGUAUUAAAAUACUUCAUUUUGAUACCUGUACAUAUGGAGGUUUGGGCCCAUUUUGGUUGCUGUCUGUAAAUCGUCCAAUUGGAUCGUUGGAACUGGUCUUGAUAUAGGAAGGUACAAACAGCUUAAAUUUGGCAUUGUUAAUUUUGGUUAUCUUUUGAGCAAGAGGACGGUGCCGUUCUGCAGUUGACUUGACCUUUCCUCAGAGUAUCUGAGGAUGAUGCUGGUAAACCAUUCUAACCAUGCAGUCUACACUCAGGCUGUGGAUCUCCUCACUUUUUUUGAUGAUACUUGCACUAAGAUCAUGUUGAAAUGUCGAAUAAGUAAUAUUUGUACACAGUUUAGAAACCGCUCUUUUUCUUCCCUCAGGCAAUGGUUUCAGCAUCUGCUUGUGUUUGUUGGCAAUUUUUUAGUUGUGUGUACAUAUUUUUUAACCUAAGAAAUUGUCUUGAAUUAAAAAUGCAGUGUUUCUUACAAUCUGCAGGUUAGAAAUUGUUUAGAUAAAAAAAAAAUUCACAUUGAAAAAAAAGGGGGUAUCAUGCCCUCAUUUGUGGUUCUGAAUGUUUAACCGGAGUAUUUACAACUGCUGGUGGUUUGUGUGUCGUUCCUGCAAUCAAAUCCUUCCCUCCAGACACAGGAAAAACAAAACGGAACACGAAGCCGUGUGUCCACCACCGAUGUGGAACUGCGUAACUGUACAUUAGUUGUAGAUAUAUGUAUGUAGACAAUCAUGAGUCCAAGAGAAUCUUGUCAAGUAAGUGAAGAUUUAAAAAAAAAAAAGGAAGUUUACCAGGCCGGCUGCACUUGGAGCAGAAUGUUCUACCGUACUAAUUUGUUACAAGAAAAAGAAAAAAAAUGAAAGGAACUCGGCCUGUUUUUAAAUGCGUACUACUCUGGAGAUUGUUCCAUAUAUCUGUAUAAAAAGGUAUAGAAACUGUAGCAUGAAUGAAUGUAGGCGUUAUCAUUGUACAGUAGGUGAUGACAUUUUGUUCACUCGUAGAGGUACAUAGGUUGCACCGUUGAGUGGUGCUGCUUGGGUCGUCAGCCCAGGUCUAUUUAUUUUGGGGGGCGAUGCUUGCAAAAAUGGACUGAGUGGAACCAGAAACACAGUAGUAUAGCAGGCAGCUUAUUACUACACUCAUAGCCAAAAAUUGCUCAUAGUGUAAAGGUCAGUGGAUGCUGAAAUCGAUCCCCCUUUCUCCCCUCCCCAUACGAGGCAGUCAUUCAUUUUUACUCAGGUCGACACAGUGGUGUCGGUUGACUGUGAAUGUUUUCUGAGGAGCUCUGUGUAUAUACGUGUAAGCACCAGAUGUCUCACAUAUAGACAUCUCUCUUGCUCUGCCCAGUAGUGGUUACCUGACUUUGGCUAUCAGUUCAAAAACAAGUGCUGAAAAAAAUCUUGCGCAACUAUUAAUAUGCCAUGUAAUAAACAGUAUAUUGGUGGUUGAGAGCUGAUUUCCCACUGGUCCAUUCACCGUUGCAUGCCAGUCGCCUAUCUCUGCUAUGUAGCAGGCACGCAUGCCGGGAUCUCAUCCACAAGUCAAAUAAAUCUGCUCGGUAAACUGUAGCAUGGCUAAUGUGUGGAACUACAUGAGCGCUGGUUGAAGCAAUCAUGUAAUUGUUUGCCGCAGGGGUAGUACACAAAUGGCAACAUCACCCCUGACAAAAAGGUUGCUGCACAUGUCAGAUAUUUUCAGCAGUGAUUUCCUACUAAGCACUGAAUGAAAGGCCUCCCUCUCAUUCAGCAUAGAUCUCUCUCAUGAUAUUACUUUUUGCAGAUCGCCACAUGAAUCGGCAGUUUAGAUGUAAAAUUAUCGUCUGCGCCACAUUUCAAAGAAAUUCAGAUCAGCACGCAGCUGUGUACAGAACACAUGCACACUGCACACACAUGGCAUUGGCACUGGGGCAUUGAAAACGCAGUCUCAUAAUUUUCCUCCUAAGAUGGUGUCCUGUGAGACAGACCCAUCAGAACAAAUGUACGUUCUUAAGGCGGAAGGCGUUGCCCAUCAAGGAUGGAAUUUUUGCAGACCUAGGUUGUCCACAAUAAAGUUGUAGAGAACAAUUACAAACAAGAGAGAGGUCUGUUAGUGAGGAAUUAAUAUGCUGCAGGUUUUGCUGUUGGCACUUGUCGUUGUACAUGUAAUUGGCUGUGGUGCAUGCAGCACCAAGUGAAUGGAUCUUCUCUGUACAUACAUGUAAUUUGUGCGGCCUGGCCUCCGAGCUGGCAUUUUUUUGGUUCUUUUUUUAUACGAAGCUCGUUGAGAUGCAGACCAAAUGGAGUUUUAUAGCGAGGGGUUUAUGUUAAUUUAUGGAUCGAUAUUGUCAUUUCUCUGUGCAACGUUGAGUGACAUUAGUAGAAGUAUAUUCACUUCAAUCAGUGACCAUUCAUCAACCACUCGUCAAGUUUGACUGGUACCCAGGAUGUUCUUUUAUGCUGAGGUGACCAGGUGGAUCAAAAUCAGCCUUGAAUUUAAGCAAUCCAUGACACGGGAAAGUGUUGUAGAGAUAUUUAAGAUACGGAUUGUGCUCCUAAAAUUCUACCAUGGACUUGGCAGUUGACCCUUUAUGAUUUUAGAAGCACCCCCCCAUGACUGAAUGACUAGAAGACUGGGCAGACUGCCUAGUUUGUGAGGUACACAUCAAAAUAAAGUGUCCAGUUUGUACUUUCUAAUGUAAACUAUACCCUAAUUACUGAAUAAACCCUCAAGAUGCAUUUUGUCCGACGAGGUCACACUGAAGGAAUAAGUAAUAAUGAACAAAGUUGUGGUUGUUGGCGCUGAAAAAAAUGCAAAACGUUAAAGGUUUCAGUGAUACUAAACCUGGGCAUUUACAAUCACAAGACAGUGUUACCAGGUUUUUACAAUUAUGAACUCUCCUUUUUUUGGAUGGUACAUGUACAUAUAAAGAUGGGCAUAGUGGCUUACCUGAGGUGACAAAACAGGUUUGAAUCAAAUCCCUUGUGAUUCUUUCAUCAAAACAAGCCACACAUUGCCAAUAAACCUUUUUUUUGUAAACUGUGACAUGUCCUGUCGAGUUGGAGGCCAUAUUUCGAUAUUUUAAAUGCUUUCACUGGAUGUAUUUAUAGAUCAAUAUUGAUUUCUUGUGUUCUGCAAAAAGAAAAAAAAAUCCACGAGUGUCGUCCUGGGUUUUUAAUUCAGUUUGAAGGCGUUUGAUACUACUACUUAUUAUAUAUAUAUAUAUAUAAUACAUUUGUACAUUAUGCAUCUAUAAUUAAGUCUAAUAAUAAAAAUUCUUUUCUCUACACUUGAUUUCUGGCAACAGGAAUUAAUUAGUUUACAGAAAUUAUGUUGCACUUGUUGAAUAUUAAAAAAUGAGAAAAAAGAUUUGUUACCAUCACUUUAGUAACUUUAUUCCAUUCAGUAUUUGUGUUGUUUGAUUCUGGUAGUAGUUUUUUUCCCCUCAACUCCAUUUCUUAAUUUUUGAAUAUGAAGAUAUUUCAGAUGUGGGGGUAGGCGAUUCACUAGAAAAACAACAAUGGUAGAAAAGCUUUUGAUCUAAUUAAAUCUUCUGUCAUAUUUAUUUCAAGCCUACAUAUCUUCCUUUGUACAAUACAUGCAACUUGUCCAAUCAGAAUAAGCUACAAUUAAGAAAACCUUUUUUUUUUUU